AUGCCGAAAGUCAAGUCUGAUAAAAAACCCAUCACCAUUAAUACUAACGUUAACUCCACCAUUACCACUUAUCCACCUCUCCAGUCUGUACCAUCUGUACCCACGACCCACACCUUGCUGCCUCCUAAACCUAUCAAUUCGUGUUUGCUCGCUCAACCCAAUGGAACAUUGAUUUUUCAAGAUCAGCGAUUUACCGAAGAGGAACGUACGUUACUUCGAAGUCCACCUUAUCAACUUACUUUACGUCUUGAAGUACUCCUUUCUCCAGCGAGAAAAAAUCGUAAGAAUAAAGCGAAAUCGGAAAACAAAAUUCCAAGACCGCAAAAUGCUUGGGUUCUAUUCCGAAAAGAUUACGAGGCUAGCCAACGUUUACGAUUUCCGGAAAAGGCGCUAAAAAUGAAGACUGUCUCCACCGAUGCUGGUGAAGUUUGGAGGAAUCAACCACCGCAGGUCAAGAGAUACUUUGAAAUUCUUUCUAGACUUGCGCACGAAUACCACAAAGCGAUAUACCCAAAUUACAAAUACACGCCUAAGAAGAAACCGAAAGAAAUGUUAAGCAAUAAAGAUUGGAUCUUCCAUAAUGGCGUCAAAACUAUGGUUGCGAAUGGAAUUAUUCAGUCAGCACAACUCGAGGAACCAGCAACGCUAGAUAAUUCUAUUGUUUCAUCGUCACCACACUACUACUCGUCAUCAUCUUCACCACAAUCUACUCCUACUUUUUCAAUUUCCUCCGAUUGUUCACCAGUCUCUCCACCGGCUGGAUCAUUAUAUGUUAAGGAAUUCCUUUUCUCAUCCAAUGAAAUUGAAUUCCCCAACGCCAACAAUAACUUGUCAGCAAACGUAAAUGACAAUCCAUUAAUAGUCGGAGAAUACGACACCUUUCAAAAUCUCAUACUCGCCACCACAGUAAUCGGCAGCACACCGGUUACCGAAAAUACGAGUAGCAAAAAUGAAAAUUUUCAUAUCAAUAUCAAUAGCAAUAUUGAUGGCGUACCAUUCGCGGACACUCUUUUAUACGAUGCCGUUUCAACAGCCGAAUUUGUCGCUAAUGACGACAAAUUCACUUACGAAACAAACGACAAUUUCGAACACACAUACUUAUAUAAUAUGAAUUCAUAUAACGAGAUAUCUACUUUGGUAUCUACAGUUGAAUCGAAGAUGGCUGCUAAUUAUUCAGAAACAUCACCGCCAACGAGUGUUAUUCCUAGCUACAUGAUGAAUGAAUACGAUAAUGGAAAUUUUUCGGAUGAAUCACCUUUUAGUCAUGGUCUAAUUCUUUAA